AUUAAUUAUGUGAAAAUAUUUGAUGUUUCGUAAUUUGGCACUGUGGCAUUGGAUGAUAAUUUUAGCAACCUUAUUUUAUAAAAAUUUGUAUACCACUUGAUUGUAAAACAGGGGUCAGCAAACUUUUUCAGCAGGGGGACGGUCCUUGGACCUUGUGGAGUGCCGAACUAUAUUUUGAAGGGGAAAAAAGAGAACAAAUUCCUAUGCUCCACAAAUAACCCAGAGAUGCAUUUUAAAUAAAAGCACACAUUCUACUCAUUUAAAAACACGCUGAUUCCUGGACCAUCCUGCAGGCCUUAGUUUGCCUACCCAUGUUGUAAAACAACAAUAAAAACAAAAACAACCUUCAAACCGGCUAGCAAAAAGAUAAAGAAAUAAAAUCAACAUAAUGGCUAGCUGUAUUUGUUUGGAAAACAGACCUACCUACCUGUAACUAGACCUAAUACUAAUUUCUCAAUGUAGCUUAUUGAAUAUAAUGCUGAUCUCUGUCUGUAGUAGUUCACUAAGAAUGUUCUCUGUGCAAUGUCUACAUCCUCUAGCCAGGUCCAGGUUUGCCAGGAGCUCCCUUCAGGAGGGUGUGAUCCUGGAAAAUAUAGUUGUGCAAUGGGCCGAUCUCAUAUCAAGGCAUCUGUACUACCUGAUUACUCAUCCAGAUGCUGCCCUGUCGUCUUGUUAAUUAUACCUAAAAUGCCCAAAUAGGAUUUGCAUUAAAGUCACUAUCAGUGCCUGGAAACUGACAGAGUAACACUCCUACUCUAUUACAACUGCUGCUAAUAAUAAAGCACCAUAAAGUUAAUAAACAAUACAGUCCCUGUCCACAUAACCAGACUAUCUAACCGACUCAGUGCAAUAAGAAAAGAGAACAGGAAGAGAGAGACAAGUAUACUCAAGUUGCAAAAUUUGUACAUGCUGAAGCCUGUGAGGUGUGUAUUCUGCCUUCCUUGGUAUGCCUUUAGUGAUUGUGAAGCUUAUUUACAAUUUUAUCAAUAUCUAAAUAUAGAAGAGCUCUUUCACUGGCCUUUCUUAAUGUUUUACCUUCAUAGCUCGUAGAUAGGAAAUAUGCUAGAGAUCCUUUUAGAGAUGCUGUAGAUGUUGGAAAUGAUCACUCACGUCUUCUUUUUCUGUAGUUACUAUCAGGAGUCCCCUAACGCAGCUCUGCUGAGCGUUUUUCUUGGAGAGACUUUUAUCUUUAUCACUGAGAAGGGGGCAAAAAUGGUUGUUUCUCUUUCAAACCUUUUACAGUUGCCAGUUAAUCUUAGUUCAUCACUCUUUGUAGCUGGUUUUACGGAGGCUGUGAUUUUGUAUUUUGGGUUAUUAGAGAAAUACAUCCUGCUAAACUCAGAAAAGGGAAAGGGGAGAAAGAGGAUAGGUAAAGAAGGCAAGGAGUAGUUACAGGUAGGUAGCUGUGUUGGUCUGGCAUAGUCGAAACAAAAUUUUAAAAAAAUUCCUUCCAGUAGCACCUUAGAGACCAAUUAAGUUUGUCAUUGGUAUGAGCUUUUGUGUGCAUGCACACUUCUUACCUGUCCCAGGCCUGGCUGAAUGUGAAAGGGGACAUAUCCAUGCCACUAGACUGGGGGGGGGGGAGCGCAUCCUGUUUCACCGCCUGAGGCAAAACAGAAACGUGCUGCUUAGUCCCCGCCCUGCCCUGUGAGUCAAAAAGGCAGUGCCCCCUGCACCAGGAUCCCCGACUGAACUGAGUUUAAACGAACAGAAGGGCGAGGAGUAGCAGUUAGACCAGGUUGACGUAAUCCUCCUCCUGGAAACCAUGAAAUGGACCUUUAAGAAUGAGUAGGACAGUGGUCAAAGUGCGGGUGACAGAACACCCAAAACAAACCCAACCAUUUCUCCCCCUGCUCCCCUUGUAAUGGCUAGCAGGAAAUGCCUUUUGAGGAGCAUGGAGGGAUACAUUCCUGUUUCGUUUCUUUGCUGUCCAAAUCAGCUGCCAUUACUUGCAAUGCCAGUACAAUGUGAAUAAUUCAUGUUCCUUCAGCGACAGCAGUUGAAGGCCCUUUCUUUAAAUUAUUUAUCCAGCUUUUUUAUAAUGCUUUGUGCCAAGUAUAUUGAGGAUAUCUCUUGUGGCUAUAAGGGGAAAUAGACGUUCAAGUAAAAAAAUGCAUAAUUUGUUGAAGAGUUAUUUGAAGAAGAUGUUGUAAUAUAGCGGGAGGUGUUGCAGAAGAACAAUGUUUCACACUGUUCAGAGAGCGUUGAUCAAGCGUGCUCUAGGGGAAUGGAUCUGCGCUAGGAAUGGAUACAGAAGGAUGGUAUUCAGUGAAUGGUUUCAAGGAUUUGGUUAAAUGGCACUACAGUGGCUCUUACCAGCUCUAUCCAGAGCUAAAUAACACAGAUUUGAAAGAUUGUGUCAGUGAUAAUAGCCUCAGCAGCAAUGCGAGCCUCCCAAGCGUCCAGAGCUGCCGGCGACAUCGGGAAAGAAGAGUUGCAAGCUGGGCCGUUUCAUUUGAACGGCUUCUGCAGGACCCGGUUGGUGUAAGAUAUUUCUCUGAAUUUUUACGGAAAGAAUUUAGUGAAGAGAAUAUUUUAUUCUGGCAGGCCUGUGAAUAUUUUAACCACAUAUCCGCUCAUGACAAAAAAGAGCUUUCUUUCAGAGCUCGGGAGAUCUUUAAUAAGUUUUUAUGUAGCAAAGCUACAACCCCGGUUAAUAUUGACAGCCAAGCACAGUUGGCAGACGAUGUUCUCAAUGCACCGCAUCCGGAUAUGUUCAAGGAUCAACAGCUUCAGAUUUUCAACUUGAUGAAGUUUGACAGCUAUACACGUUUUCUGAAAUCUCCACUUUACCAAGACUGUAUUUUGGCAGAAGUAGAAGGUCGCCCUGUUCCUGAUCCACAGUACGCUCCCAACAGCCCUACUUCUAAACACAGCUUUGGUUCUGAGCGAUCAACACCAAAAAAGUUAUGUGGAAAAUCCAAGUCUGGGCGAUCUUUAAAUGAAGAAUCGGGAGAGGAAGACCUUGAAAGGAAAAAAAAAGGAACAUUUUUUUCGUGGUCUAGAAGCAAGAGUUUGGGGAGAUCUCAGAAGAAAAAGGAGAAUGGUGAUUAUCCCAAAGAUUGCUGUACAGAUCCCUCUCAUGCCAAUGGAUUGUCCUACAGACAUGAAUCUCAAGACUCGUUGUCAUCAUCUGCAAGUCUUGAAAUGUUUGACUCUUAUAGGGCAUCUGCAACUGAGAAAGAGAAGGCUUCUAAAUGCUGCCAUAUAAACCUUCCAGAUGGCUCAUCAUAUACAAUGGCUGUUAAAGCUGGAUUCUCAAUCAAAGAGAUGUUAUCCGGAUUCUGUGAGAAACAAGGCAUUAACAUAGCUGCAGUAGAUCUGUUUUUAAUUGGUGGAGACAAGCCACUUGUAUUGCAUCAGGACAGCAGCAUUUUGGAUUCUCGAGCUCUUCGUUUAGAAAAGAGAACUUUAUUUCGGUUGGAUCUCAUUCCUAUCAAUAGAUCUGUUGGCUUAAAAGCUAAACCCACCAAACCAGUAACAGAAGUCCUUCGACCGGUGGUUGCAAAAUAUGGUUUAAAUCUUAAUAAUCUUGUGGCAAGGCUAAAUGGUGAACAGGAACCAUUAGAUCUUGGCGUUCCCAUCUCUAAUCUUGAUGGACAACGGGUUAUUCUAGAUGAAAGGCAACCAAAAAAAGGAAAAGACCAGGGAAAGGGGGCACCAUUAAAACACAGUACAGCUAUAACUCCUAAUGCAAGAUAUCAAGCACCUACAGGAGAGGGAAGAACUCUAGGAAAGUCUAAUUCUAUUAAAAUAAAAGGAGAAAGUGGAAAAAGCUCUAGGGAUGUCCAUCUAGCAAACAGAGAAGAAUGUGUUGCACAGACGGGGGGAAAGAAAAGUCAGAAAAUUAAUUUGGACGAAGCAGAGGAGUUUUUUGAACUUAUAUCGAAAGUGCAAAGUAACAGAGCAGACGACCAGCGAGGGCUGCUGAGAAAAGAAGACUUGGUUCUGCCCGAUUUUCUCCAUUUGCCUUCCUGUGGGACUAAGCCUUCUUCAUCUACACCCGAAGGGUCUAAAGGCUGCAGCAAGAGAAUUGCACAUCCUGAUGUCAAGGACAAAUGCGUACAGUUAAGUGGCAAAGUGGACAUCAUGAAAAACAGUAGUGAAAGCUCAGGAGUCAAAAUGGCUCUUCCUGAAAGCAAGCAAAAACCAGCUGUGCUGGCAACUUGCAGCAGCCAGAAGACUUGCAGUGUUCCUUUUGGUGCCCCACUGUCACCGAUUCCACUUUCGCAGGAUGCCACCAUAUGGAAAAGGCAAUCAAAAGAACUGCAGGCUGAAAGCAUACAAACUAUUGAGGAUGAGAAUGUAGCAGACUUGACUCUGGUGGCUGAGGGAGACAUUAACAGCCCUAACAGUACGUUGUUGCCAUCUCCACCCUCUUCUUCAGACAAAAACACUCUUGCAGGAGCCAAGUAUCCACCUCCCGUGUCACUAGCAGAUAAUCAGGAAAAAACUACCAAUGAGAAAUCCAAACCAGGUAUUUCCAGAUUUUAAAUGUCUUUAAUAAGAAAUGAUUCCCCAUUACAUUUGUUCCGGCACUUGUUGCAUCUGUUUACAACAUGCAGAAAAGUGCAACUGAAGCCUGUCUUUAGGGCAUGUACAGACCGUAGUUCUGAUGGGUAGCACAGAGUUUGGCCUCUGUGACCCUUGUCUACAUCCCACCCUGGCCCCUCCUGCCUGUCCACACUGCGGACAGCUGCAAGUUCCGGACCAGCCAGCCUGAGCUGCAGGCUCUCUUUAAGUACACAAACUCCAAAUUGAGAACAGAUGUGGUAUCACUUGUUUGGCUGUGCACUCAUAAAAAGCCUCCAUGACUAUUUUGCAUGUUGGAAAUGAAUACAUUUUUGUUUGGAAGAGCCUUGCAAAACAUAGGUUUUUUCCAUUUAAACCUCCAAGACACACUUUUCAAGCAUAUGCAUGCAUUAUUUGCUGUCGCUUCCUCUUUGUGCUGUAUACCAUUAUAAUAAAGACUUGAAGAGGAAAGGGAAAGCCCAGCCUGCUUCCCACAUUUCUUCUGGAAGUCAUGGGCACAUCCUUGCAAAGCACACGCAGACAACUUUUUUAUAGAUUCUCAUCUCUAAAGACACAUGCAAAUGUAACAUGUUCCUCCUGGACACUUUUGAGGUUGCACAUGCCAGUGGUGGGCAAAGUGGGCAGAGCAGUUAGUGUAAAUUUUACCAGGAGGCUGAUUUUACACACACACACACACACCCCUCCAUCCUCCAUCUAGGCAGCCAAGCAGCAUUAUCAGAAUUCAAGGACACAAAGCAGUCAGGCACGAACACUCAGGGAAGGUGCAAAGGAGGGCUGGGGAAGGGUGCGAAGGAGGGGGAGCCUGGGGGUGGCCAGAAAGAGAGGCCUGGAUGGAUAUGUCUCCCCAUCCCAGAUAUGUAACACCUACCUCUGGGAGAAGAUCCAUCCCCCCUCCCCAAAGAUGCACCCCUCCGCACACUCUGAGCAGCAGGCAAAUAUCAGUAUGGGCAGCUGGAUUAUCUGCUAGAAGGCACAGAAAUUCAGUAAUUGCCAUAUGCCUGGUAAGAAUGUGGUGCUGGGCAGGGGAGAAAGUAAUCUGCCUACACUGCUUCCUGCUCUCUCCAUUGAACGUGGUCCCAAGGGCUGGAUCGCCACCUCUGAUGGAACUGACUGUACUUAUCUUCAUAAUUCCAAUACCAAGUAGAAUCAUUCCUUGUAGAAUGCAAACACAUUUGGUUUGACUGCUUAUUUCUUGUUUCUUUCCUGUACUUAUUGAGUGAUCUUCACAUGCCUAAUUGUUACAUGCUAAUGAAUGACAGCCAAACUCUUUUGUCCUGCUACUCUGAAAAAAUCUGAAAAGGUUUAUGUCUAUCACAAUGUUUUUAUAUAUGCUACCAUAAAAAUUAUUGAAAUUAAACAUCAAAUGACCUUGUAAAUUGGUUAUGUCCAAAUGAUAAUACAGUACAUGAAGUGUAUUUUGUGGCCUGGUUGUGUACAUUUGUGUAUAUCUAUAGUUAGAGCGUGUGUGUUUUAAAAGGGGAGUUUACAAGUUAGACUGUCUGAUUUUUGAACUGGAGUUCAUAUGUGAAUAUCUUCAAAUCUUCAAACUGAACUGUACUUAGUGCAUGCCAUACCUUCCCGUGAGCUGCAGAUUUUGUUGUUUCUAUCUUCUUCUGUAGCUGCCUUAAUGUAGUUGUGUGGCGAUACCCCGAUGCCUCCCCGAGAAAUAAAAACACUAGACACAUUGCAUAAGGUUAAUGGGCAUAGAAGGCCACAACUUUAUUGAUUACGGAUGUAGAGGGGUAUUGGCCUAGGCAUUGGAUCUAACCGACUAUAUCUGACUCCAGCCCGCUCUGCUGGCAGUCUGUGAAAGGUUAACCCCCGUUGGAUGAGUCCUGCGAUGCACAUCAACUAGGAGCUCAUCCUGGGGCCACCGCUAGGGGCGUGCCCUCUGGCCCUCACCUACCACGGCUUCGGACUUGGCAACGCCCCCGGACUCCUUAAGGGAGUACCUUUCCGCAUUUUGGGGGAGGUGAUGGCCGCAACCUCCCCCCCACACCUGUACCUUCACGAGAUAAUCCAAUGCCUACCGCCAAAACCCAAGUUGUGACGAGUAGCUACGAGGUAGGCGAAAACCACAAGGCCUGAGCCAAUUUGCCAAGUGGGAAAAACUCCUACCAGGCCCCAAUAGGCGACCAACCGUAGUCCAUAGCACUGUCACGAAGAAACCCUGCCUACGUGGGGGAGGUGGGUGGGAGAAACGCAGUUGUUGAAUCCAGAAGAAGCAAGGCAGAGUCUCUGCCGCGCUCUUGUUCAAAUAGGCGAGCCGCGCCCCCCAGAGCGACCUAAUUGGCUGUGCUAGGGGUGUGCCGCGGCAGGGAGAUGACCAAUGGGCUGGGGAGGAAUGCUAACCAUUCCCCCCCCCACGUGAAGGCCUCGUGGCGCCCACAACAUCUCCUCCCCCCGAGGUGGGGAAGAGACUUUGUGUGGCGAUACCCCGAUGCCUCCCCGAGAAAUAAAAACACUAGACACAUUGCAUAAGGUUAAUGGGCAUAGAAGGCCACAACUUUAUUGAUUACGGAUGUAGAGGGGUAUUGGCCUAGGCAUUGGAUCUAACCGACUAUAUCUGACUCCAGCCCGCUCUGCUGGCAGUCUGUGAAAGGUUAACCCCCGUUGGAUGAGUCCUGCGAUGCACAUCAACUAGGAGCUCAUCCUGGGGCCACCGCUAGGGGCGUGCCCUCUGGCCCUCACCUACCACGGCUUCGGACUUGGCAACGCCCCCGGACUCCUUAAGGGAGUACCUUUCCGCAUUUUGGGGGAGGUGAUGGCCGCAACCUCCCCCCCACACCUGUACCUUCACGAGAUAAUCCAAUGCCUACCGCCAAUCGAGCCCAAGGGGCUCGCCGCCAAUACCCCCACAACCGCAACCAAUACCUAAUAGCAAAAGGAAUGUCAGCAAGCCAAACACCAUUUCCCUCAUUUGAGAGGUGAAUGCCAUCAACACGGUACAGGAACGCCUUGCAGUCAUAUGACUCCAGCCUGCUGCGCUGGCAGUCUGUGAAGGAUUAACCACCGUUUUGUGAGUCCUUCAACUAGGACUCACCCUGGGGCCUCUCAGAAUCCUAUGGCUGGGCACAAGAUAGUUUGUCCAUUCAAAGCUGAAACCUUUCUGGUCACUGUGUCCAUUUGAAGCUGAAACCAUUCUGGCCACUGCCAGAACCAAGAAUUUCCUUCAUUUAUCAAUAGCAGCAGGGGUGUGAAAGUCGCACAAAAUGCGUCUCUUCAGCAGUGAAGACCAAAGAUAGUUCAAGAUUUGGAAAGGCAGUCCCAGCUCGACAAAGUCUUUAAAAUCUUCGGUGCAAAUCAACGCCUUUACAGUAAACCAAAUCAUUUCCACCAGGCUGCACCUCCAAGAAAACAGGGGGAUUUUGUGAGGCGGCCCUGGCGGCCUUGGCCUACACAGCUGGCAGGAGUCUGUCCCAGCACUUCCAUCUCCUUGUAAAGCAGGAAACUUUGACCCGUGGAGGUAGCCCCAAAUUGGGACCCAGUCUCCAAUCAAGGGCGCGCGCCUGGGCAUGGUACUGUGAUCAACCAUCCAGAUAUUCACCGUAUUAUCUCCUGAGAACAAAGCAAAAGAAUGUAAGUGAUUUGCCGAACUCAGUUGCUUAGUCACAUUGUGCAGCGGAGGUAACCCUUGUAAGCUUGGACUUCCAUUGACCCAAAUCUUUUAUUCUCUCCAAUGAGAGGCCCAUGUGUACCACUGCUGUAGCAGACCGAAUUCGGAAGGAAUGUGCAGUACCACACAGGGACUCUUCCCUCUCCUGUCCAUUUUUGAUUGACGAAUGUGAAGCAAUAGUUAUGUAUCGGAUAGAAUUAGGUCGGAUAACCAAGUGCCCUUGACAGACUGGUCGGGGGCAGGGAGCUCGCACACCCAUCCUGAUGGAUGAUGAAGGGGCAAGGCGUGGGUGUCCUUAACUGAAGGAAUCGCCUGGUGUCCUUUACCGAUUCUUAUUCAAUUUUUUUAAGCUAAGAGAGGAAUAGCGGCUGUCAGGCUAGUAAAAGACUUAACCACACGUCCAGGUAACACAGUCAGGCAAGGUAUUAAAGCACCUGAUCUGUGGCGGGAGGGCUGACUGUGCCUGAUAUCCCCAGAUUUGCCCCAUAGGCCAUAAAAUCUGAAAGCCAAAGGCUUUGAACCGAAAGUCAAUGAAAUCAGCCAUAAGAGUGGACAGAGCCAAUAUGUCGCUUCUCCCACAGCCCAUCGAGGCUAGGCAUCGCGAUGCCGUUAGUAAUUCCAGAAAUAAAUGUGCUGGUAAGUCGAAGAGAAACUUAAGGUGAAGCUGCACAAUUGCGCAGAGUGGGAGUGACAUCAUCUUGGACCGCUUUGCAAGGGUACCGAUGACAGCUCGAUUAUCCAUCCCAAAGGAACGUGGCGAUCUCUGAAGUCCUCCAUCCAGGGUGAACUGGAACUAUUAUGAAAGAAACUUCCAAAGGUUAAAUAGCAUGCAAUAGUAACCAGGCAAGCCAAAAGGCCACAAAGUCCGACACCAAUGAUUUUGGACCUAAGUCCAUCACAUCCGCCCAGGCCCUCUUAUAAGAUGUCACUACUCCCUCAGCCCGUUGAGGUAUGUCAACGCAAUGCCAUUAGUAACCCCGGGAAAAAAUUCUGAGAAGUUGAUGAUAAACUUAAGGCAAAGCUGCACGAAUGCACAGAGCGGAGCGACAUCCUCUUGGAAUUCGACGUCUGCUCUGCAAGGACACCUACGACAGCUCGACUAUCAAUCCAAAGACAAACACAGAGAUCUCUGAAGUCCUUCCACCAGGGUGAAGAGCCACUACAAUGAGAAGAAACUUGGAAAGGUUAAAUUGUAUGUAACCGCCAACUUCAUGCACCACUGGUGUCCAUGAAGGAGCCCUGACUGAAUCUGAUAAUGUGGAAAGAAUUACCAAUUGUCCUGCCAGAGAGAUAUCCCCUUGUAAAGAUCCAAGAAGUUCAGUCAGGAGUACACCCAUAUGAAGAGGAAUGAAGUCCAGCGGUUUACCCAGCCAGAAGCGCCCCGAAUGGCCGGCCUGGCUUGCGAAGCUCAAGAGUCCCCAGAGACUGAAACCACCAUAUGCGUGCUAGGGGAAGUGAAGAACUCUGGAAGAGGGGAGUUUUGGAUCUCGAAAGAUCCAACAGCAUAAACCCUCAUAUUGUGCUAAUAUAUGCUGGGAUUCCCAACCAAAAGUGAAUGAGCUCUGAACUGGAAUCCUGGCCUCAAAGACCUCUAAUUUUAUAUUUAAGUAAGGCUGUUAGUGGUACACAAACCAUGCCAUCCUUAGCCCAAGGCUAAGCAGCCCAGCAAAAUCAUUCUCAAAAUAACCUACAGGGCCCAGGACAAAGCGAUAGAAAGCACGGAUUGUAAUAUAUGCUUUGUUGUUGUUUUAAUUAUUAUUAUUAUUAAUAUGUAUUAUUGCAAUAGUAACAUUAAUCCAAUUAUAUUCGAUACUAACAAAAGAUAUUUGAGAUUGUAAAUAUCUGCACGGUGCUUAUUGUUAUUAUUAUUAAAUAUUAAUAAUUAUUAUUACUGGUGUACUUAUUUCUUAUUUAAAGCACUGUUUCAUACUGCCAUCAAUGAGAUUUGCAAUGGGCAGAAUGUACGCAGGCAAUUAACGGGGAGGGAGUGGGUUAAUCAGCAACCAAGCAUAGAAACAGCCUGACGUGUCCCUGUGGUUCUAAUCGAAUAAAUAAGAUUGCAAACCAAUAUUGCUCUUGCAAACAAAAAACAA